AUGGACCCCUACUCAGCAGAAGGCGAGCUCAUCAACAUCCACAACCACUUCCACCAAGGACAGUUCCAGGAGGUGGUGGACUACGACACUUCCACCCUGUCUCCGGAGAACGCCCUCCCUGCCCGCGUCCUCCAGCUGCGCGCUCGCAUUGCCCUGGGCCAGGCCGACGAUGUCGUCGCCGAUGUGAAGGGGGAGAAGGAGCCCGAGCUGAUUGCCGUCGGCGCGCUGGCCGAGCUCACCCUGGGCAAGACCGACUCGGCGGUCAAGACGGCGGAGAAGCUUGCAGAGGAGGCUGCCGAUAACAAUGCGGUCCAGGUCAUCGGUGGCACUGUCCUUCAGGCCGCCGGCAAGCCGGACGAGGCCCUGGCUUUGCUGUCACAGCACUCUGGCAACCUGGACGCCGUCGCGCUCAUCGUCCAAAUCCACCUACAACAGAACCGAAAUGACCUAGCACUCAAGGAAGUAACGGCGGCGAGGAGGUGGGCUCAGGAUAGUCUCUUGGUCAACCUCGCAGAAUCAUGGGUUGGUCUACGGCUGGGCGGCGAAAAGUAUCAGCAGGCAUUCUACGUUUUUGAGGAGCUCGCUCAGGCACCCUCGACCUCGUCUGUGCGGACGCUGGUCGCGCAGGCGGUCGCGGAACUGCACCUGGGCAGGGCAGAGGAGGCCGAGGCCGCGCUGGAUCAGGCGGUGAAGAAGGAGCCCAACUACACAGAGGCCAUUGCCAACCAGCUGGUCCUUGCGGUCAUCACUGGAAAGGAUGCUGCCGAGCUGACGAGCUCAUUGAAGAAGGCGGACCCCCAACACCCCUUCUUAGUCGAAUUGGAGGAGAAGAGUGCCUUGUUUGACAAGGCAGCCACGAAGUACAGCGCAAAAGUCUCGGCAUAG